UCACGAGAAUUUUUAUUCUGGGUUUUUUUUUAUCAUAAAUUGAAACUCAAAAUGACCUGGAAUUACACAGAUAUGGACGAACAAGAGGAGUUUCCUUGUAUUGUAUUAAAUUUUUAUUUACUCACAAGUAAACCAUAUGGCAUGAGUUUAAUGACAAUGUGCUCCAGAGAAGAGGAACUGAGUUUGGGGGCUUCAGUUGAGUGGCGCUCUCUUAUCAGACAAGACACGAUUACCAAAAAAAAAUUCUAAGUCAUACCACGCAGGUGAAAAAAAAUUGCAAUGCAAGGAAGAGUGCUAAGUUGGGUAAAGGAGAACCUUUUGGGGUUCUUGACGGUGAUUGGAGUGAUUGUGGGUGUUGUAGCUGGGAUUGUCCUGCAGGAAACAACAUCAGGAACAUGGACAUCGCGAAAUGUGAUGUACAUGCAAUUUAUUGGAGAUUUGUAUCUCCAAAUGCUACGUGGUUUGGUCCUGCCGUUGAUUGUUUCGUCCUUAGUGGCUGCAGUCAGCAGCAUGGAUAUAUCAACGUCCGGACGAAUAGGUGGUUUAGGGAUGUGCUACUACCUCGCGACUACAGUUCUAGCUGUUAUUUUUGGUGUUAUCCUGGCGAUCGUAGUGAAGCCAGGAGUUAAUCGAAGUGUUGAUAGUGAGAUUGACACAUUCGUAAAGCGCAACGUUACAACCGUUGAUACUCUGCUUGAUCUAGUUCGCAACCUUUUCCCACCAAACUACGUACAGGCUACACUUCAGCAAUACCAAACUGAAUUAAUUCCACCACAUGAGAGUAAUUUGGAUGCCAUGGAUAAUAUUAAUUUAUGGAAGGUAGAUGGUAGCUUUGUGGAUGGUUCAAAUAUUCUCGGACUCGUUGUGGGAUCCAUUAUCUUUGGCAUUGCCUUGAGUUUGAAAAAGAAAGCAGCCCCGACGCUCUAUAAAUUAUUUCAAGAGCUAAACCAAAUUAUCAUGACGAUAACUCUCUGGGUCAUCUGGUUGACGCCAAUUGGUGUCCUCUUCAUAAUCUGUGCGAAAUUCGUGGAGUCCGACAAUAUGGAUGUCUUUAUCCGUCUCGGGAUCUACUUUCUCACCGUCGUCUGUGGGAUGCUCUUCUAUGGAUUUGCCAUUCUCCCGCUCAUCUACUUCCUCCUAACACGGAAAAAUCCUUACAUUCUCGUUCGUGACAUGGGUCAAGCCAUUGCGACGGCAUUUGGGACAGCUUCCAGUUCAGCUACAAUCCCCGUGACAUUGCAGUGCUUGGAGAAUAAUCAUGGACUCGAUUCACGCGUCACGAGAUUCAUGAUACCAAUAGGUGCAAUGAUAAAUAUGAAUGGUACAGCUGUCUACGAGGCUGCAGCUGUAAUCUUCAUUGCUCAGCUGCGGGAUAUGCCUCUAACUUUUGUCGAUUACCUUGCCAUCAGUCUCACCGCCACGGCAGCCAGUAUUGGUGCAGCCGCCAUCCCACAGGCUGCUCUUGUGGCCAUGGUGGUUGUCCUCGAGGUUGUGGGUCUUCCUCCAGAGGACAUCAGCAUUGUCCUCGCCGUAGAUUGGCUCCUUGGACGCUUCAGAACAGUCGCAAAUAUCAUGGGUGACUCCUAUGGUGCCGGAAUUAUUGAGCAUCACUGCAAAAAGUUGCUAGAAAAGCUAAAUGAUCGUCAGCAAUCAGAUACAACAAUAGAAGAUUCAGUUUAACUUUUUGUGUCGUGAAAUGAAGAAAAAAAGUAAUGUUUGUGGCGUCACUAUUGCUCUAACAUAAUGUACAUAGAUUUAAGCAAAAAACUCUGCAAUAUUCAGCAAUUUAAAUUAAUUUAAAGAGGUGUUAUUGUUAGAUUGACAAAAAAAUUGGAAGAAAAAAAACAUGAUAAAACAGAUGCUAAAAUUUUAUUAUGUAUGGUACUUUCAUGGUCAUUAUCAAGAUCAUUAUUCUUUGUAAGGUAAUUUGAAAUUCUUAAUUUUAUAACAAGAAAAUAACUUUUUUUAUAUUUUCUACUAAAACUGAAGUAAUUUGAGGAUAUUUUUAAAAGAUUAAAGUCUACAUACACAAUUAAAACAAAAAGAUAAAAAAAUAGAAGUUUUUAAGAUUUUAUUCUUGAAUUAAAAUAAAAUUGAUCAAAUGUGAAAAUAAGCUAAUACCCUACCUCAAAAAUUUACCGCAUAAGACUGAAACAAUUUCAAUCACUCUUAACACCAAUAAUUAGAGAAAUUUGUUGGCGUUUGAAGUAUAAAGGGAAAAUGUUCGAAAAUUUAAAGAAUGUAUUGCCAAAAUGGCUUCAAAGAACGUGGCAAGUCUAAAUGGAAACCACAGGCCAAAUCAUUUUUCUUUUUUGUUAAAGCUCUUUUAUAUGAGUUCCUCCAGUCAAUUUUAUUUAGUUUUCAGCAUAAAUUUAAGUUAUAUAUUGUCCAAUAUAAUUAAGUUGUGUACUUUUCCAUGGAGUAUGC